UUAGCUCUCUUUAGGUAGAGCUGGUAGUGUUGGGCUUGGAAAGGCAGUUGAAGUUUUGGACACCCUUGGUAGUAGCAUGACGAAUUUGAACCUCAGCAGUGGCUUUACCUCUGGGGUAACGACAAAAGGGAUUAAAAUAUCAAUUCUAGCUUUUGAAGUGGCAAAUACAAUUGUUAAAGGUGCCAAUCUGGUGCAAUCACUUUCUAAGGAGAACAUCAGACAUUUAAAAGAGGUGGUCCUUCCAUCAGAAGGUGUGCAAAAUUUGAUAUCAAGAGAUAUGGAUGAACUCCUGAGAAUUGCAGCUGCUGAUAAGAGGGAAGAGUUAAAAGUUUUUUCUGGAGAGGUGGUACGUUUUGGCAAUCGUUGUAAAGAUCCUCAGUGGCACAAUUUAGAUCGUUAUUUUGAAAAGUUGGGUUCUGAGCUUACACUCGAAAAGCAAUUGAAGGAUGAAGCAGAGACAAUAAUGAAACAAUUGAUGUCUUUGGUUCAGUACACAGCUGAAUUAUAUCAUGAGUUGCAUGCCUUGGACAGAUUUGAGCAAGAUUAUCGACGGAAGCUUCAGGAAGAGGAUAAUUCAACUGCUGCUCAAAGAGGAGACAGCCUGUCAAUAUUGAGAGCAGAACUAAAGAGUCAAAAGAAGCAUGUAAGAAGUUUGAAGAAAAAAUCCCUUUGGUCAAAGAUUUUGGAAGAGGUCAUGGAGAAGCUCGUAGAUGUUGUUCAUUUCUUGCACUUGGAGAUUCAUGAGGCCUUUGGCAGUGCUGGUGGUGAGAAACCUGUUAAAGAUUCUGUUAACAGUCAUAAAAAGUUGGGGUCUGCUGGUCUUGCUUUGCACUAUGCAAAUAUCAUUACUCAAAUUGAUACUCUUGUUUCUCGGUCAAGUUCGGUGCCCCCUAAUACAAGGGAUUCGUUAUACCAAGGACUACCGCCUACUAUAAAGUCUGCUUUGCGGUUUAGACUGCAGUCAUUUCAGAUAAAAGAAGAGCUAACUGUCACACAAAUCAAAGCGGAAAUGGAAAAAACAUUGCAGUGGCUAGUUCCCAUUGCCACUAACACAACCAAAGCUCAUCAUGGGUUUGGCUGGGUUGGAGAAUGGGCAAAUACUGGGUCUGAAGUGAAUCAUAAACCUGCUGGCCAAACGGGCUUGCUCAGGAUUGAAACACUGCACCAUGCAGACAAGGAGAAAACUGAAGUUUAUAUUCUCGAUCUGGUAGUGUGGCUUCAUCAUCUUGUUACCCAAGCGAGGCCUUGCAAUGGUGGAAUCAGGUCACCUGUCAAGUCUCCAAUUAGGUCCCCUAAUCAGAAGAUGGUUCAACUAUCUACACAGAAGCCUGCAUCGCCAAUGUUGACGGUCGAAGAUCAAGAGAUGCUUCGAGAUGUUAGUAAGAGAAAAAAUACACCUGGAAUAAGUAAGAGCCAGGAAUUCGACACUGCAAAAACUAGGUUAAGCAAGCACCAUAGGUUAAGUAAAAGCAGUAGCCACUCUCCGACAAUUGAAACUAAGAAAGGUCCCUUCCCUAUUCGGAGGCUAUCUUCAGUUCCUUUCAUUAACUUCUAUAUUGACCGGAUGAAGGCAUUGGAUGUCAUCGAUCGAGUUGACACGCUCUGAAGUUUGUAAUUACAUGUUGAAUUGAGAUUCCUUGGCAAAUUAAGAAGCCUUUUUGCUUGUGCAGUGAGUCAAUCUGCUGCUGCAAUUCCCCCCCCCCCUUUUAGGGUGCUAAACGCUAAAAUGGU